CGCCCUCCCUGGCUCUUCCCUCCCCGCCCGCCCUCCGCAGGUUCUCACGCUGGUCUUGUUACCCGCCCCCUUCCCGACUCGGGGGCUCCCGGACCCUAUUUGGUCAUCCGGAGGGAGCGCCGAGCGAGCGAGCCAGGCAACCAGCGCGGAGCCAGCGCAGCGCGCCGCAGGGACGGAAGGGUCCACGUUGCGGGCUCCGCUCAGCGCCUGGGGAGCGAGGACUGGCGUUGGACGCAGCCUCCGCGCAGAUCCCGCGCCACUCUCUGCCCCACCGACCGGCCUGCCUCUUUCGGAACAAUGAGACUCUCCGCCGUAGCGACUUCGGCUCCCUUACUCGUGGUUGCGCUGCAGGUGCUGUUCCUCUUGGAAGCUGCGCACAGCCAAAACACGGGUAAAGAUGCAAAGACAAACCACACCACAAGUGAAAUUCUGCAAGAUAAGACCAAUGGCACAGAAGUCCAAUCCAACGUGACAUCCACCAUCAAACCUGUGACAACUACACCAGCGUCCCAGAGCUCAUCUGCUAACACAACCGCCUCUAUCAACAAAACUACAGAAAAACCUCAGGUAACAACUAAACUCUCAACACCUGGGACUAACACCACCGUGAAACCAUUGACAACAACAAGAAGCACAACAGCCCACAGUGCCUCAAAAUCAUCAGCUGCCACAGCCAGCAACAACAGUACAGUGACAACCAUGGCUACACUGGCCACAGCCAACAUCAAUGCCAAAAUGAACAAAGGAUCAAAAUUUGAUAUCGGCAGCUUUGUUGGUGGUAUCGUACUAACUCUGGGAGUUUUAUCUGUUCUCUACAUUGGAUGCAAAACGUAUUAUUCAAGAGGCAUUCGAUACAGAACCAUUGAUGAACAUGACGCUAUCAUUUAAAGAAAAUCAUCCAAGUACCAACACAAAGGAAGAAGAUGGUGCAACUCUCAUCAUUAAUUUCAGAAAGUUUCCCUCUUGAAAAGCAUAUAAACAGACCAUACCCACCAAGUUAAAAUAUGUUCUAUGAAUGUGUAAAGCUUCUCCAUGGUCACUAAAGGUAAAAAAAAAAAAAGUGGUUGCAUUUGUUUUCAUGUUUGUAUUUUAAUGAAAAGACUUGAUGGUUUCAAGUUCACAAAUUAACACAAAACUUGUAUCCUCUCCCCACAAACACGCUUAAAAACAAAUUAGUUUUGACAUCGUAAAAGCCAUUUGUGGUGCUGUAAAAUUGGAUCCAUAGAGUCAGCAAUUGGAAGGCAUCCACACGGAAAGGCAGGGAUAUCAUCUGGGCAUACGUCCACAUGGGGUGGGGGAGGGACCACUGCUGCCAUGGUUGAUCAUAACUCUUAGUCUUUGAAAGUACCCUUACCGUGUGAGCACAAAACUUCCAACCGCUGGUAUACCCCAGAAAGUAGAAGCCUUCCAGUUUGCUGAUGGUACAGAUAAAGCAGAAACUACAUGCCAGCUAGCAGAUAUUGGGGGUGUUAAUAAGUCUAAAAAUUCGAACCUUGUUUCAACAUGCUAACAGUACACAUACUAUUCAAUGCAGUUUAUUACAAUCCCUCUCCAAGCACUCCCUCCACAAAGAAACCCCAAACUUUUAAGAGUAAUCCAGAAUUUUUGCUUCAGAGUUUUACAUGGGGCUGUAUUCCAUUAAGGACUGCCAGCUGGGGAGUUUGGGUUUUUAUUUUUUAAGUACUUCAUUUGAGCUUUUAAUGGUAGUUGGUAGGCAAUCUUAUUUUUACUUUUCCUUGUCAUGGGUUCAGUGAAUUAUGUUUUACAUGAUGUGAUUUUACAUACUGGCUGUUUGGAACAACCAAAUCAAAUUGGCAUGACAGGAAAGAACUUACACUGUAGUUUUUUUUUAAUACUGUGAAAAUUUAGAUUGCCACUGGAAAUUGUGCUUUUGAUUCAGCUACAUUCAGAAAUGUCUAAGGAAGUCUCUCCCACCCUCAUUUAAAACAAACAACUUUGCUCUUUUUGUGAUUCAUGGCCUCUUUUAGGACAGUGUAUAUAGUUAGGGAUAAUGAAAGCACAGUGUAUUCCUGGGACACUUGUAUUAUAAACAAAAGUAUUGUUGGGCAUGAUUAGGAGGAAUGAAGGGCCCAGGGAUUAUUCUUGGUGUUUGACCCAGUAUGUAGCCCAGCAUGUAAAUCUCAGGGCAAGUCAUGAUUGGGGUAUCUAGUCCCACUGAAAAUGAAUUUCUAACAGACAACCAAAGUAAACCACAAUAAAAUCUAGAUAUCUAGGAUGCAAUGAAGACUUCCUUAAACACACUUUGAAUUAACAGGAGCAUAAGGAAUAUUUUUCUAGCCAGUUCUUCUUUGCAGCAAAUCCUAGGCAUCAAAUGGACAUUAAAGUACUGCCUUCUUAUUAUAUUCAGUGGCCACAGGAUGUGAUAAAUGUAGGAACAGUAGCCACUGAUCCCAAAGAUUAGACUGUGUAGUGAGAGUCCGUUUGACAUUGCAUUUAGUAGGGAAAUUUUUGUAUGGCAUACAUGCACAUACUUUGAGGAAGGAUAUGGACAAAUAGGCCAAACAGGAGACUGAGUUAUAUGCUACUGACUUCCCUGACCCUGUGUCGGUCAUUCAACCACUCACUGCAUUUGUUUCUUCCUCUGUAAAAUAAGAUGAGAGAGAAUAGGAAGGCCUGCCUUCUUCCCAGGUCUGGUGCAAGAAUGGGGCUGUAUUCUGUUUGUUCCAUGCCCACCUUGUGAGCCUGUUGUUUGAAGUCUACAGGAACUUGUGUGGAGUAGGCCUCCUGAGUUUUUCUAAAAUACUCAUGUCGCACUUUGAAGAUGACAAGCUCCUGAAAUUCUGAAUAUCAUUAUUUGCUUUGAAAAUGUUCUACUUUGUCUUGUGCUUCUAAAGAAUUUAGAUAUUGCUUUUCUCUUCUUUACAUGACAAUAUAAUGUUAAUAUGAAAAUAUCAUUAUUUGCAAAAGCCAACUCUUGAUUAUCUGUUCCCAUGACCCCUCCCACACCCUCCAAAAUUAGCAGAACUAAUUACAGAUAAUGAGAAGUACCUUUGAAUUUGACUUUGGAUUACAUUCUGGGUUUUUUGGUUAUGUAUUGAUUUCCUUAAUUAUGUUGACAGACAUUUAUUAAAAUUAGUUUGCAUUUGGCUGACUUGACAACUGAUGAAGUUAGUCCAGGUGCACAGCUAGGUGAUGGGCAGAAACCAGCCCAAGCUUUAAAACAGUCUAUAGAUAACACACAGAAGGUAUAUCAAACAUAAGUAAUUGAGAGUUGGCAGCAUAAAAGUAAUUUUAAUUUUGUCUUUCCAGAAAUAUUUUUAAGGCAAAUUCUUGUUUCCUUUUUGUUUUUCCUUUUCUUUUGUUAUAGUAACCACAAUUUGGGUAUAUUGUUAUUGCUGAGGUCUAUUUUUAGAUAAGUAAUAAAAUGAAAAUUUGCACUUCA